AUGAUAGCAGGUGCUGUUACAAAUGGUAUUAGAUUGUCUCAACGUUUAGGUGAAAAUUUACAAUUUAGUCGAGAAUUUGUAACUAAUGCAGUACUUGAAGAUUCAUUUCAUUAUCUUCUCUAUUCAUUACUUUUUGCUAUGAGUGCUCCUAUGACGAUGGCACUUGUUCCUGUGGCAUUAUUUGGUCUUCUUCAUUCAAUAAAUUUUAUUAACAAAGUUGCACAAAAUACAGGUCACGGAAAUAAUGGAAUUAUUAUUAAAGCACAUGGAUUAGUCAACCAACAAACAAAAAAUCUUCUUGGUAUCGUAGCAACAGGAGAAAUUUUUAUGUUCCCAAUACUUUUUGGGUUAAUAUUUAUAGGAAAAGGAACAAUUUUUCUUCCUAUAGUUUAUUACAAAUUUCUUUGUCUUAGAUAUAGUUCACGAAGAAAUCCAUAUACAAGAGUAGCCUUUAGUCAAAUGAAAACUUCUUUAGUACAAGCUUCCGCUUCAUCUAGUUGCCCAAGAUUUGUAUCAAGUUUUAUCUAUAAAGCUAUUGCUUUUGUUGAAAGAUUAUCCCCACAAACUGUCUCUUCCUAG